GCCGCGUCGCGGAGCCCCCCGGAGCCGCCGUCCCCCGGAGAGCGGGGGAGGCUGAGAGGGAGUGACCCCCGGCCCCUCGCCCCGGGCUGGGACAGCUGAGGGGGGGCGCAACAUGGCGGAGGCCAAGGAGGAGGGGCCCGGCCCCCGCGGCAGGUUUGAAGAUAAAUCUGAUGCGGUAUUUGAUAUUACAGAAAAAUGUGGUGAAAUUCUGGAUGCAGAGAUGUCUGAGGAGGCUGAGCACAACUUAGCACCUGGCCUGGACAGCUUGUCGUACGGAGUACCGAACCGAGCCGGACCCGAGAAUUCACUGCAGGGUGAUGAUCAUGAUUAUUUUCUGAACUCUGGGGAUCUUGCAGGCAUACCUGUUGUUGGGAGUGACAACGAAGAUGAUCAGAAUUUCACUCCAAAAGACACUUUUUCUUCAGCAGUUCAUGAUGAAGAUCAUCUGGAAGAGGGCAAGAGAGUUCCAGAUCAUGAACUGGACAGUGAAAAAGAAAUUCAGGUUCAGAAUGCAAUCCAGAAGGAUCUCACUUUCCCCUUUGAGCAGGGCCCCUUAUUUAAAUCACUUCGAAAAGAUUUUAGCGUAACACGAGAUAAUGGCAAAGAGACUUUUGCAGCAAAGGACAAGAAUAGAGAAGGACAUUUUCAAGAACGUGAAAAACGGUUGGAAAAAAUCCCUAAAGAUAUGGAUUCUAGAUUGAAAAGCAGUUUUCUUGACAAAGCAGUUCAUAAUCAAGUAGAAGAAACAUUACGGACGCAGUUAGCGCCACAAACUCCAGAAACUAACUUCAGGGAGUCUAGCUACCUAUUUUCUAGUAAGGAAUCUAUUGGACAAGAGCUGGGGAAUUCCUUUGCACCAAAUAUUAGAAUUAAGAAGGAGCCUUUGGAUGACGAAUAUGCUAAAGCUAUGGCCCCACAGCAGGGACUAUUAGACAAAAUUAAAGAUGAACCUGGUAAUUCUGAGGAGUACGGCCAACAGCCAAAAUCUCAGGAAGGGGAGCUGAAAAUCAGUGCUGUAUUUUCAGUCAGUGGCAAUCCUCUUGUUCCACAGCUGUCAUCAGGUUUCCAGCCUGCUGUGGCAUCCUCUGGCAUGAGUAAAAUGCUACCCUCAGUUCCAAGCACAGCUGUUCGGGUUUCCUGUUCUGGCUGUAAAAAAAUCCUGCAGAAGGGGCAAACUGCCUACCAGAGGAAAGGCUCGACCCAGCUCUUCUGCUCCACACUGUGCCUCACUGGAUACACCAUUCCCGCUUCUCGCCCACCAGCUUCUACCAAGAAAACCUGCUCAAGCUGCUCAAAAGAAAUUCUAAAUCCAAAGGAUGUAAUCACUGCCCAGUUUGACAACACAGACUUCAGUAAGGAUUUCUGCAGCCAGUCUUGUCUGUCCACAUAUGAACUGAAAAGGAAACCCAUUGUCACUAUUCACACCAACAGCAUUUCCAGCAAGUGCAGCAUGUGCCAGAAGAAUGCAGUGAUCAGGCACGAGGUGAAUUACCAGAACGUGGUGCACAAGCUCUGCAGUGACGCCUGUUUCUCCCAGUUCCGCUCUGCCAACAACCUGACCAUGAACUGCUGUGAAUACUGUGGGGGGUACUGCUACAGUGGCUCUGGCCAGUGUCACGUCCUGCAGAUAGAGGGACAGUCCAAAAAGUUCUGCAGUUCCGUAUGUGUGACAGGUUACAAGCAGAAGUCAGCUAAAAUUACACCCUGCACACUGUGUAAAUCUCUGAGAUCUUCAGCUGAGAUGGUGGAGGGCACAAAUAACUUGGGGAAGAUGGAACUGUUUUGUUCUGUUAACUGUUUGUCAGCAUACAGAGUAAAAAUGGUCACUUCUUCAGGUGUUCAAGUUCAGUGCAACAGCUGUAAAACCUCAGCAAACCCUCAGUAUCACUUGGCUAUGUCAGAUGGGAGCAUACGCAAUUUUUGCAGCUACAAUUGUGUAGUAGCUUUUCAGAAUCUGUUCAACAAGCCAACAGGACUGAACUCCUCGGUGGUGCCCCUGUCUCAGGGCCAGGUCAUUGUGAGCAUCUCCUCGGGGACAGUCUCAGCCACUGGCACCACCUCCACUGUGUCCCCCAGCUCCACAAGCACCCCAGCUGCAGCAGGGCUCCAGAGGUUGGCUGCCCAGUGCCAGCAGGUCACCUUUACCCGUUCUGUUGUGAAAAUCAAGUGUCAGCACUGUAACAGAUUAUUUGCCACCAAACCAGAACUGCUUGACUACAAGGGUAAAAUGUUCCAGUUCUGUGGGAAGACCUGCUGUGAUGAGUAUAAGAAGAAGGGCAAUAUGACAGCUUUGUGUGAAUACUGCAGGUUUGAGAAAAUUAUCAAGGAGACAGUGAGAGUCUCAGGCAUAGAUAAAACAUUCUGUAGUGAAGUUUGUAAACUGCUCUAUAAACACGACUUGUCUAAGCGCUGGGGAAACCACUGUAAAAUGUGCAGUUACUGUUUACAAACCUCCCCCAAACUGGUCCAGAAUCACUUUGGGGGGAAAACAGAGGAAUUUUGCUCAGAGGAGUGCAUGUCUAAAUUCACUGUUUUGUUUUACCAGAUGGCAAAGUGUGAUGGUUGUAAGAGACAAGGUAAACUCAACGAGUCCAUAAAAUGGCAAGGGGAGAUGAAGCAUUUUUGCAAUCUGCUUUGUAUUCUGUUGUUUUGUAAACAGCAAGGUGCUCCUGACCCUCCACUCCCAAACAACACAGCAAACCUUUCCAUGGCACCAGCCUCCUCCUCAGGCCCUCCUUCUUUAAGAAAGGACUCAACCCCUGUCAUAGCAAACGUGGUGUCCCUUGCAAGCACCCCAGCUGCCCAGCCUACUGUUAACUCCAACAAUGUUUUACAGGGUGCAGUCCCUACUGUGACAGCAAAAACAAUAGGAGAUGCAAGUACCCAGACAGAUGCCCUAAAGCUCCCAUCAUCAAAACCACCCAGGCUUCUGAAAAACAAAGCUUUAUUGUGUAAGCCAAUCACCCAGACUAAGGCCACCUCGUGCAAACCUCACACACAAAACAAAGAAUGCCAGACAGAAGGAGAAGCACCACCUGCUCAACCCCGGAUCAUUGUGGUACCUGUUCCUGUACCAGUGUUUGUGCCAGUGCCCCUCCACCUCUACACCCAGUACACACCAGUUCCCCUGGGAAUGCCAGUUCCUGUACCAGUUCCCAUGCUCAUCCCAACCACCCCGGAUAAUGCUGAUAAAAUCAUUGAAAACAUUCAGGAAAACAAGGAAAAGAUUUCCAUUAAUCCAUUUGAAGCUGAUCUCCUUCAGAUGGCAGAAAUGAUUGCAGAAGAUGCAGAGAGAGAAAAAACACACUCUCAUGGUGGAUCUCAAACAUCUGAGCAUGAGCUCUUCCUGGACCCCAAGAUAUUUGAGAAAGACCAGGGCAGCACGUACAGUGGAGAUCUGGAGUCAGAGGCAGUGUCCACUCCACACAGUUGGGAGGAGGAGUUGAAUCACUACACCUUACAAUCCAAUGCCCUUCCAGAACCUGAUCCAGAACUCAAGCAGUUCUCCAAAGGUGAUGUGGAACAGGACCUGGAGGCAGAUUUCCCAUCAGACUCAUUUGACCCUCUCAGUAAAGGACCGGGUUUGCAUUCACGUUCACGGGCAAGACGGAGACACAGGGAUGGCUUCCCACAGCCAAAAAGAAGGGGAAGGAAGAAGUCUGUAGUUGCAGUGGAGCCCCGGAGUCUGAUGCAGGGCUCCUACCCUGGCUGCUCUGUUUCUGGGAUGACCCUCAAGUACAUGUAUGGGGUAAAUGCCUGGAAGAACUGGGUCCAAUGGAAAAAUGCACAGGAGGAACAAGGGGACCUGAAGUUUUCAGUUCAUCCUGUGAAGCUCAAGGAGGACAUUCUCUCAUGCACAUUUGCUGAGCUGAGUUUUGGCUUGUGCCAGUUUAUUCAAGAGGUGCGGAGACCAAACGGAGAAAAAUACGACCCUGACAGCAUCUUAUACUUGUGCCUUGGAAUUCAGCAGUACCUAUUUGAGAAUGGUAGAAUAGAUAACAUUUUCACCGAGCCCUAUUCCAGGUUUAUGAUUGAACUUACAAAACUUUUGAAAAUCUGGGAACCUACAAUUCUUCCAAAUGGUUAUAUGUUCUCAAGAAUCGAAGAGGAACACUUGUGGGAAUGUAAGCAGCUGGGUGCAUAUUCCCCCAUCGUUUUGUUGAACACUCUUCUGUUCUUCAACACCAAAUACUUCCAACUAAAAAAUGUCAGUGAGCACCUGAAACUGUCCUUUGCCCAUGUUAUGAGGCGCACCCGAACUCUGAAGUAUAAUACUAAGAUGACAUAUUUACGUUUUUUCCCACCCUUUCCAAAACAAGAGGUAGAAUCAGAUAAAUUAUCAGUAGGCAAGAGGAAACGCAGUGAAGAUGAGGAGGUUCCAACAGCAGUGGAAAUGGCUGAAAACACAGAUAAUCCCCUCCGGUGCCCUGUCCGACUUUAUGAAUUUUACUUAUCAAAAUGUUCUGAAAGCGUGAAGCAGAGGAGUGAUGUGUUCUACCUGCAGCCCGAGCGCUCCUGUGUUCCCAACAGCCCCAUAUGGUAUUCCACAUUGCCAAUAGACCCAGGAACCUUGGACAUCAUGUUGACAAGGAUUCUUAUGGUGAGGGAGGUACACGAAGAACUUGCCAAAGUCAAAUCAGAGGACUCUGAUAUUGAGUUAUCAGACUAAGUGCAGUGGGGUAUUUUCCUUUGAAUACACAUCAGAAGCACCAAAAUGUGAAUACGUCCAGCCUUUGGAAAAUGUGUAUCAAAUAAGCCAAGAUAACGUCACCUACAGGCAGAUUUUGUACCACAGUGGAUGUACAAACUGGAACUGGAAGGAAGCAAGCUGUGUAAGCUGCAAAUCCCAACGUCCUGCAGCACUGAUCAAUCCUCAGAACAAAUCCAAGUGGAACUCACCCAUUGGAUUGGUGCAUAAAUCCUUUAUCUGUUUAGGAUUUUUAAAAGUUGUGAGAUAUUUUUAAGAAAAAUGGUUGUGUAAAAUCUACCCUCACACUGGUGGGCAUGGAGAGCUAGAUUGUGGCUCAGGUGACUUCCCAGCCUGCUGGCUGGCAGCCCUUGCUGCCAAGGAACACGUGGAGAUCCUUGAGCUCUUCCAGAGGAUGCGAGAGAAAGGGGUGAGGUUUAGACAAACAGACACCUUCCGUUAUAAAUACACCUACACCUACACUUUUAUACUUUUUUUUUUGAAACUGGGAUCAAGUGUUAGGAAGGCAGGAGCCACUGGCCAUCCCAAGGGACAACUCUGGCUGCUGUUCACUGGUCACACGAGGCUGGACUCCGCUCCUGCUCCGGGCUCACACCAACUCUAGCUGUGUUGGAAGAGGUGCUGCAGGUCAAACUCCCGAGUGACCUUUGGGGAAUGUCCAGGAGGGGAUGUCCUGGGCUCUGUGCAGAAUUCCUAUCCCAGCCCAGUCUGCAGUCUGUCCAUAUAACCCAGUGAAUACUGUGGUGCGUGGAAAGUUUAUUUCCCUUAAGGCAGCUUUCCUUUUCUCCUCUUUCCCUACUACUAUUAUGGUUUUGAUUCUUUUGUAAGGCAAAUCUAGAGAGGGCUUUGUCAUUUCAAACAGGAAUACACACACACACUCUUUCUCUUUCCACCUUUGCAACACAGGCAGUGUUGUACAAAGGAUGCAGUAUUAUUUCUGACAACAGAACUGUGGUAGAAAAUGACCAUGUGUGUUUUUAUCCCGCCCCACCCAAAGAGAUUUAGUCAUAGUGUUGGAAAUUGAAAGAGGUUUUUUUUUAAAGCUUGGCUGUUACUGAGUCUUUUGGAAGAGAAGAGCUCCCAUGUGGUGUUUAGAGGACAGGACAUUAUCAGAUAUUGUCUGUAUAUCUGUUUUCUCAAGCUCUAGGUGUGUGUUUCUGAUGACCAGUGGUCACAAAUUCAUUGGAAACCCAAGCUAUUUUUGAAGAGGAGAAUUAUAUGGUUUUUAUCUAGCUCUGGUCAGUUAUCCAUCUUCUGUAACAAGGGUCUGAUAUUUGAGCUUGUCACUAAAAUUUCAAGAGAUGAAAAUCAACAGCCUUGAAUAAUAUUUCAGGUUUUUUGUUUUGUUUUGGUUGGUUGUUUUUUUAUUAUUAUUUUUUUAGCAGUUACAAAAGUAAUUUAACAAAAAUAAAAUCAGAAAGUAGUCUAUUGACGUUGUGUACUCGGUAGUCCUGUCCCUGCCUGUAACAGAUUUCACUGAUGUAUUUUUUAAUACAGAAAAUUAUGUGAAAAGUAAAACCUGCCCCUGAUUCUGUCUGACCAAAGCCCAUCUGUGUCUGUCAUUUCUGAGCAAAGGUUCUGCUUUCUCCAUGGCCUGGCAUUCCCAGGGGAGAUGUUUUGGCCACUCCUCAGCACAGGGAUGAGCCUGCAGGCUCAGUUCUUGCUCCAUGAACACCAACCUGCCCUUCCCCAUUGUUACAUUGAACAGUGACAUUGCAGGCACAGGGGUUUGGAUUGGGAAGGUUCAGGGAAAACAAAAUCAUGCUGGAAAGAUCAGUUUGUAGGGGAUUAAGAAUGUCUGAGGUGUGUCUGCUGCUCACAGUGUGCCCAGAGCCACAGUGGCUGUAGCACAGGGAGGCUCCAGGAAUUCCUGUGUCUCCUGGCAGCUGCUGGCGGUGCUCCCUCCUUCCCUGACCCCGCUGGGAAUGAGCAGGGCAGCAGUAGGGCAGGAUGGGGAUGCUGUAAAAAAUAAUCCCAAAGCUGAGUGUUCCUUAAUAGACCUUAACAGAAAUAUUCCCAUAGAAUAAUGUAGGAAUUUGUACCUUAUGAGAAACACUUUUCUUCCUCUAAAUGUCCUCACUGUUUCUUGUCUGGGAACACUUUCAUUGAGUCCAAUUUUUUGCAGGCACUGAGAAUGAAAGAUACUUGCCUUUCACAUUCCCUCAGCAAGGCAAGUGAAACCACUUUAACUUUCACUGGCUGAGAGCAGAGUUGUUAAACAUUGUGUAAACUCCUUUGGUGUGCUGGCUGUGCAUGACAAACAUUUCAUUGCAGUUCCAUGGUAAUAAUUAACACAGUAAGUAGUGUUAGUUUCUAUUUCACUCCUGCUUGAAGGCCCUUUGGCAAUGGUCUGUUUUUCCCAGGGUCUGCCUGGGUUGUUUUUGCCUCUUGAGGGAUUUCUUGUCAGCUCAACUCAAGUUCACUCAGAUAACACAAGAAGGAUUACCUUGAAGGAUUAAAGUAUAUACAAAUUAUACACACAGGCUCAAAGUUCUGAACACAAUCUUGUUUGUAAUCACCAUUUCUGGCUGCUGAGCACACAACUUUAUUGAGAUAUUCUUUUAAAUAAAAAAAUCAUGCUGUGUCCUGCUGAAUGCCAGAGUUAACUGGGCUGGAAAAGUCCUUUGAGAUCAUUGAGUCCAUGCUGAGACCAGCACCAGUUUGUCAAGCAGACCAUGGCACUGAGUGCCACAUCCAGUCUUGUCUUAAACUGUAGCUUCAGUGUGGACAGAGAAGCAAUAAAGAUGGGUGUGAGAAAAAAAAUGGAAAAUUUCCUGCUACAGGGUUCCAGCAGCUCCCAGUGCAGGAGGUGCUCAGUGCAAACCUUCUGCUCCAUCCUGGCUUCAGUUCACCAAAGAAGGGAACUGGGGGCACUCUGAAAGCCACAGAACUGGGUGCAAAAAGAAGUUAAAUUACCUUGGGAAUUAGUCUGACAACUACUGCUAAAAAAACCACUCCAGGAUUUCUCUGGAAUAAUUUCCAGCUCCUCAGAGACUUAAAACAGCAGCAAAGUCCCUCAUCACAUGCUGCCUCAGUGCCAGGGCUCACAGAGGUGACUCACAGGAAUGUGCAAUAAAGUCAUUGGGUUUUGGUAACAAUCUCAGUCACUCCCAGGUCUCCUGUGCAGCAGAUUCACUGUUGCCUUAACAACCAAAGAACCCAGAAAAACUGCUCCUGCACCCAGUGCUUACUGUGCUCUUAACCCUGGCAUGGCUAGAGCUUUGCUCCCCUCAGCUCAACAGGUUCCUCCCCAUUCUUCCUUGGCCUCUUGUUCUUUUUAAACAUUCCAGAGGCAAAACAAAGAUUUGCUGCCUUCAUUAAAGAGCUGCUCCCUGGCAGUACUUCCCCUGUAGCAUCAACAGCCUUGUAAGAAGCUAGGUAAGAAAUAAGGUUUGAGCCUUUGAGCUCUCAAGCAUUAACUGUUGGGGUUUUUAUCUUUACCUGUGUAUGAGCACCAAAAGUCUGGAAAAAUCCCAGACCACUGCUGAGGAGAAAGGCUAGAAGGAGUUUUGGGAGCACUAGAAUGGGUGUGUUGUGUCUCUGAGAGCUGCAGGUCUUGUCUCAUGUUGCCAGAGCUUCACACCUGCAGUGGGUGCUAUGACAGAAGAGUCCCAUGGGAUCUCCUCCUUUGCCUAACAGGAAAUCCCUUUGCUCCAGCACCACAGAGCUGGGCAGAUAGGACUGACUCGGCUUUUGCAUCUUCCCCAGGAGGAAACAAUUGAUUUGAAAAUGAUGGGGGGGGGGGUCAAAUGGUCUUGCACAAUAUUACUGUGCUUGUUAGGAAGUUGACCCCAGCCCUUUUUUAGGAUUUUUUAAACUAAGGGAAAAAACCACUCAUUUGGUCUGACACAAACUUCCUCCAGCAGCAAAGCUAUAAGAACUUGCCUUUUUAUCUUCAGUUUCCCCACCAAAAUCCCAAGGAGCUUUCCAGAAGUUUUCUGUUGUGUUGUGCUUUCAGAGGGAACAAUUUUGGACCUGCCAAGAAGAGCAAGUGGCAGAAGAGCUGUCGCAAGGUGCUGGGAAUGUGCUUUGGGGAGGCAGGUAAUUGAUGGUACAUGGCAAAACACUAAGAUAAAUAUUAAGUCCCUAAGAUUAAUGGUUUUCUAUUCCAAACAUCUCAUUGAGGAGGUCCUUGGUGCUCAGCCACUGGCACCAGUGCUGGCUCUGCUCCAGGGAGUGUUGCACAGAUGCAGAUUGGUUUUUAAAGCCAUAAAGGCUCAAAGAACUUGGGCAGCUUGGAUUCCUCUAGCCACAGAAUUGACAUGUCCAUUGGACAUCACAUUGCCUAAGCUGAUGGAUUUUCAGUGACAUUCAGCUUUAAUUAAAGAAACAAGAGCUGGGAUACCUGACUUUCACCUCUCAGGUGGGAGAAGGGAAUUUAUGACAAUGAAACAAUGAAGUUAGACAGAGCUUUACACCCCACAUCUCAAGAUUAAUCCCAAGAACAUGCUUUUAAUCUUGGAAGAUCCAAGUGGAUGUGGGCAGCACAAGCCACACACCCCAGCUUGGUUUUCUUGAUUCUUAGUCAGCCUUUGGAUAUGUCAACACAGGGGCUUGGGCCUGUGAGUGCUGGGCUUUUUAUCCUCUCUUCUGCAUAUUUAUAGCACAAACAGCCAGAGCAAUUUGCAAAGGUCUUUUUGACCUGCUGGGAGCCAGAAUGCAGCUUUGGAGGGAAGGGUGAGGGUGGUGGCACCUGAACUUUCCCCCCAGCUAAAGCACCAACUCAACCCCAGCCCCACCACUGACAGAUCCUGUCACUCCUGAGGAUCGAUGACACCCAAGGUCUUGCCCCUUCCAGUCAGUACCUGGGCUGUACCCUCUGUAAAUUGGCCAGACUUUCCUACCUCGUUUGGGCAUUAUGAGGCAGAAUUCCACAGGGUGCUUUGCAGCCCUGUGAUGAAAGGUGCUAUAAAACUGCAAAGUGUUAAUUCAGAAGAUGUAACUAGGCCACCAGUGCAUCAUAACCUAUAUUAAACAGACAUUUUCUAAUAUGAGAAUUUAUAGAGUUCAAUGUAUGGUAUUCAUAAGUGGAUUAUUGAGACCCUCAAAAGAGUUUCUGUUUCAAUUGUACCUGUAUUAUGGAAAAGUGAUUAAAAACCUUUAACCUUAAUGAAAGAGUGCAGCCAUCCUCCUUUCCUCUAUGAUGUUGGAAUCUAAAAGCAGUUUACAGACCAGUACACGGCUUAAAAGCACAAUCUCACAGAUUUCAUAUGGGGAGGGCUCAGCACUUUCUAAGCCACAGUUAAAAUUGCAGCUGAUCACCUGCACAGCCACACCAGGUGUUCCCACCUGGUGGUUCCCCUCACACUCGGUUCUGCUCCUCUGGUGUGGGCUGUAACUUCUCCCCUGCCCCAAACUGAGUGCAGGGGAACUGGGGGCACCAUCAGAGAGCAGGUCAGCCCUGAGGACUGAACAUCCCCUAUGCCGUGUCCCCCUCUAAUGCCACCAUCACCCAAGAGCUGCAGCCACACAGAAACACCAACUCUGCUGCAAGCACAGCACAUUUAUUGGCUUCAGGGCAAUGGCUGCUCACAAGAAUCCCAAGCUUUUAAAAGGGGAGGCAGAGCCCUGAGGGGUCUGUAGGGGUUUCCCAGCAUCUGCAUUGUGCAGGCAAGGCCUUGGGAUCAGGAACCUGCUUUGCUUCUCUUGGUUUGCUCGUCUGGAGUUGUCUCCUCCACAGGUUUGUCACUUGAGUUACUUUCCUUUGGGUUUGUCACUUGGAUUUUUAUCCAUUUUAGGUUCGUCACUUGGAGGUUUCUUUCACUCAGUGAUCCAGUCACUGCUUGCUGCACCAGCUGAGCCCAGGGCAGCUGUCAGCCCAACUUUGGCACCAGCAGAAAGACCUGCAGC